GGCUGGCCCGGUUGGCGCCUUGCGUGGCGCAACUGUACCACUGGAUCGAUGCUGAAACCGGUGCAGCGCUGCUUGUGUGCCGGCAGGCGCGGCCGGCGGUGCCGCAGCGACCCGCUGCUGGACCGGACGACCAGCUCCGUGCUGUGCUCUCACGCCCUGGCGUCUCUCUGGAGACCGGCACGCCUGCUCAAGAUCUGCGGUUGCCGUGCGCUGGCGAACAACGCGGACCACUACCAGAAGGUGGAGCCGCUGCUGAGCAUGGGAGCCUUCGAUGCCGAGUCCCUGUACGACGCCACGCGGCGGCUCCCUUGGCGCUGCGGCAUCUCCUGCCGGGCCUACACCUGGCUGCUCGCCUUCGCGACGGGGGGCCAGCCCAGGGACCUGCGCUGGGCCGCCGUCUGCUGGCUCCGUGACGUCGUCGUGCCUCAGCUGAAGCAGGGCCUCGUCGCCCUCCUGUGGCGGGCGGCCGCCGAGGCCGCCGAGGCCCUGGAGCCCCCGCGGCGGGGCGGCCGCGCGGAGCUCGCCGCGCGCAACGCGGCCGUGGAGCGCGGGUGCGCCUCGAGGCUGCGCCUCCCGGACGUGCUGCGGACGCUGGUGCUGCGCGACGUCUGCGUGGCGAGCGCCUGCGAUCGCGGGGGCCCCCUGUUCCACUCUGCUGGAUCGUGCUGGACGGAGCGAAGGGGGGCCUGGAGAUGCUGGUGCGGGGCCAGCCGGCGGACGAGCGGGCCCUGCGGCGCGUUCACGCGGAGCUGCAGGGGCGCGCGGAGCGGGAGGACGCCGAGCUCUGCCGGCUGCUGCCGCCGGUGUGGCCCACGACCACGCAGCACCUCUGCUGCGAGCUGCGGAAGUACCGCCGGCGCCGCCGCUUCCUGGAGCGCCUGCCGCGUCGCCCGGCCGGGGCGCACCGGGAGGCGGUGCGCAGCUACUGGGUGCGGAUCGCGGGCGGGGCGCCCUUGCCGGCCCCGGAGUGCGGCGAGGGCGAGGGCGGAGAAGCGGGCCUUCUCCCUCUCGGCUUCUCCUCCACCUCGCUCUCGAUGCCAGCUGGGGCGUCCUUAGCCAAGCUAGCCCAGUCCAGGCAUUGGGAAUCCCCCCCCCCCUCCCCCGCGAAACGAGAACGCACCAAGCACCC